CCCACCCCAAAGGUUUUCAUUUCCGGUUGUAUUUGAAGUUGUCCGUCUAAGUGGGAACUGCCAGGAACAUACCGCCACGUCAAGUUGCCUAAAUCCAUGGUCCGAAGCAACCAGAGCGUUUCACGUGACAGCUCUUCAACAUGGCUGACAAUCGGACUCCAACUUUGAAUUUCAACAUCGGGGUGCUCGGACAUGUGGACAGCGGCAAGACGUCGCUGGCUCGGGCGUUGAGCAGCACGGCGUCCACGGCUGCCUUCGACAAGAACCCUCAGUCCCGCGAGAGAGGCAUCACCCUGGACCUCGGCUUCUCCUCCUUCACCGUGGACCUCCCCGAUCAGCUGCGGGAGAGCGGUGACCACCGGCGGCGGUAUGACAACCUGCAGUUCACCCUGGUGGACUGUCCGGGACAUGCCUCUCUCAUUCGGACCAUCAUUGGAGGGGCGCAAAUCAUUGACCUGAUGAUGCUGGUGGUGGACGUGGUGAAAGGGGUCCAGACUCAAACAGCUGAGUGUCUGCUCAUUGGAGAGCUGACCUGUCCUCGUAUGGUCGUUGUGCUGAACAAGACGGACCUUCUGCCAGCCAACAAGAGACAGAGCGCCAUCGAGAAAAUGACCAAGAGACUGCACAAAACGCUGGAGAACACCAGAUUUAAAGACUGUCCAGUGAUUGCAGUGGCAGCCAAGCCCGGGGGCCCCGAGGCUGCCGACACAGAGGAACCACAGGGGGUGUCUGAAUUAAUUGAGCUAUUAAAAAAGCAGACUUACCUCCCACGGAGAGACCCAGGAGGCGACCUACUCAUGGCUGUGGACCACUGCUUCUCCAUCCGUGGCCAGGGAACAGUCAUGACUGGGACCAUCCUGCGGGGGUCACUGGCCAUCAAUGACACCAUAGAAAUUCCAGCCUUGAAGGUGACUAAGAAGGUAAAGUCGAUACAGAUGUUUCGGAAGCCAGUGUCGGGGGCCAUGCAGGGGGAACGUGUGGGUGUGUGCGUGACACAGUUUGACCCAAAGUUGUUGGAGCGCGGGCUCGUGUGCACCCCGGGCUCCCUGCGCACCGUCUUUGCUGCUGUCAUCUCCGCCAGGAAGAUCGGCUACUUCAAGGGCUCCCUCAGCACACGGGCCAAGUUCCACAUUACGGUGGGACACGAGACUGUCAUGGCGAGGGUGACCUUUUUUGGCCUGCUGCCAAACACGCCACAUCAAGAGCCCUGCUCGCUGGAAACGGCCUUCACCUUCGACAGGGAGUACCUCUACCAGGAAGGCUACGUCACCGGCCAGCGAGAGUCCAGUUCAGGACCCGAGCCAGAGCAGUGGGCACUGUUGGAGUUUGAGCGGCCUGUCACGUGCCCCUUACUCUGCCUGGUGAUUGGCUCCAAGCUAGACGCGGACAUCCACGCUAAUGCAUGCCGCUUGGCCUUCCAAGGGCGUCUGCUGCACGGGUUUGAAGAUAAAAGCUACGCUGAGACGGGCCUCCCUCGCCUGCUCAUCUACAAGACCAAACACAGGGAAGGGCAAGUGGAGAGGGUGACGGACGACUACACUGUGAUUGGCCGCAACCUGUUCAAGAAGGAAACGAACUUGCAGAUCUUUGUGGGGCUGAAGGUCACUCUGUCAACGGGCGAAACGGGCGUCAUCGAGGGCGGGUUUGGACAGAGCGGAAAGUUCAAAAUUCGAGUACAAGAGGGUCUUCUCGCAGAAACCAAGCAGUUGCUGUCCUCGACCGCUUCCAAGAAAAAGGGGAAGGGGGGCGGCAAAGAUGGAGGCACUGCAAAUGAAGACGAGCCUAAGACGGACACUCGGCACGUUAGCAUUCACUUGGAUUUCAAACGCUACGUCUUUGACCCCCACAAGAAGAUGGUUCAGUUGUGACCCCCGGCGCCCAUUUGAACAUUCAACAAGACUCUUUGUCCUUGGAGCAGCGCUGCACUGACUUUAUUUUAUGGUGGUGGAAAAUGCUUCAAUUAAAUGAUGUAAAAUGAUAUAAAGUAGCUGAAACUGCUGGGGAGAAAGUAUCAUCUCACCUUACAAAGAUGAACUCGAUUCACUCUCCUGACAAUAAUGCAUUAGAUUUUUUAUAGCUCUUGAAAUCUGAUUUGCAAAUAAUAAUUUCUUUCUGUAGACAUCCAAUAACGGUAGAUUUUUAAACCGCUUGAGUUGGGAAAAAAAUGGUGUUAUAAAGCAAUCAUGUUUUUAUCAUCUGUCUAUUUCUCUGUCACUGGGGUCAAUGAUUAAUCAUGCAGUUAUUUUCUUUUCAACACCAUUUCUUGAAAUGACAACAGUGGAAGGGUUUUGAUCUGCAAUUAUGUCAGAUUAAAUGGAAAAAUCACACAAAUAAAACA